AUGGCUGAAACUGCAGCGAAGUCCAAGAGCAACCCAAAUUCUGUCAAAGAAAUAUUUAAAACGAUGAGUUAUGGACCUGCUCCAGAAGCAGACAACGUUGUGAAGGCUUGGUUAGAUGACCAUAAUAAAGACUUUGGACUUUUUAUUGAUGGGAAAUGGGUGAAACCAGAUGGCAGAAAGAAGUAUUUAACAAAGAACCCUGCAACAGGUGAAGAGUUGGCAUGGACCACUCAAGCAGAGAAGCCAGACGUAGAGCUGGCUGUCAAGGGUGCUGAGAAAGCUUACCAAAGCUGGAGCAAUACCUCGCCCCAUGUCAGAGCAAGACACCUAUACAGCAUUGCCAGACACAUCCAGAAACACAUGCGUUUAUUCAGUGUCCUUGAGGCGAUGGACAAUGGUAAAACUAUCCGAGAGACCAGGGAUGCUGAUAUACCUAUUGUGGUCAGACAUUUCUACCAUCACGCUGGCUGGGCCCAGCUGAUGGACACAGAAAUGAGAGGGUGGAAAUCUGUCGGUGUAAUUGGUGCCAUUGUGCCAUGGAACUUCCCAUUAAUGUUACUGACGUGGAAGAUAGCUCCAGCCCUUGCCAUGGGUAACACAGUGGUACUGAAGCCUGCUACCUAUACCCGCCUCUCUGCUCUCCUAUUGGCUGAAGUUUGUGCGGAGGCGGGACUUCCACACGGUGUGUUCAAUGUUGUUACUGGUAGUGGUGCUAUGGGCAGUAUGUUAGCUGACCAUCCCUCUGUGGAUAAAGUGGCCUUUACUGGGUCAACUGGGGUUGGACAGACUCUGCGUCGCCUAACGGCAGGAAGUGGUAAGAAAUUGUCGUUGGAGCUGGGAGGGAAGUCGCCAGUGGUGGUGUUUGAGACGGCGGAUUUAGACAGUGCUGUGGAGGGAGUGGUGGAUGCCAUCUGGUUUAACCAAGGACAGGUCUGCAGUGCAGGUUCAAAGCUUUUGGUCCAGGAAUCAGUUUAUGAAAAAAUGGUGAAUAAACUGAAAGAGAGGCUGACCCACUUCCGUGUUGGGAACAGUCUGGAUAAAGCUGUGGACAUGGGGGCCAUAGUGGACGAAAGUCAGAGGAAGACCAUAGAGGAAUAUGUGGAGGAGGCCAGAAAGGAGGGGGCAGAGGUGUUCCAGAUAAAGGACAGUGUUCCCAGUGGAGGCUGUUUCUACCCUCCCACAAUGAUAACAAAUGUACAGACAGUGUCCAGAGUCGUAGCAGAAGAGAUAUUUGGCCCUGUCCUUGUGGUCCUGCCUUUCAGAACUGCCAAGGAGGCCCUGUCCAUCUCUAACAACACUAUCUAUGGCCUGGGUGGGAGUGUGUGGACAGAGAAUGUGCCCUUGGCCCUGGAGGUGGCCCUGGGUAUUAAGGCGGGCACUGUGUGGAUUAACUGCCACAACAUGUUUGAUGCAGCGGCCGGGUUUGGUGGAUACAAGCAGAGUGGAUUUGGUCGUGAUGGUGGAAAGGAGGGACUGUUUGAGUAUGUUCGUCCUGCGUGGGAAGAUAGACCAAGGCCAGGAAAAGUGGAGAUGGAUUUGAAAAACUUCAGGGCUACACUCCCACAAAGACCCACUUUUGAGAAUGUUGACAACAAACAAAUCAAAGUCAAUGGAGUGACCAUGCCAAGCAUAGACAGAACAUUUAAGAUGUACUACGGUGGAGGUCAGAAGAGACCAGAUGCCCCGUAUGUAAGACCUGUGAUAAACCCAGAGGGAAAGGUCAUAGGUCACGUGGGGGAGGGAAAUCGUAAGGAUGUCAGAAAUGCAGUGGAAGUUGCUCAUGCUGCUGCUCCUGGCUGGGGAAAGAGAGCAGCACACAACCGGGCCCAGAUAGUGUACUACAUGGCAGAAAACCUGGAGAUCAGACGAGAGGAAAUAGCGGGGAGGAUCCAGCAGAUGACGGGGCGUAAGUUAGAGGACUGCCUGACAGAGGUGGAUCUGUCUGUACAGCGUCUAUUUCACUGGGGAGCUUACUGUGAUAAAUACGGGGGAGGAGUGCAGGAAACGACUCUAUAUGGAGCCACUGUGAAGAUCCAUGAGCCGGUGGGGGUGAUUGGAAUAGCCUGUCCUGAAGAGUUUCCUCUACUCGGAUUUAUCUCCCUUUUUGCACCAGCUGUUGUCAGGGGCAACACCAUGGUGAUCAUUCCUAGUCAAAAAUACCCCUUGUCAGCAUUAGAUUUAUAUCAGGUGUUUGAUACAUCAGACCUACCUGGAGGUGUGGUCAACAUCCUGACCGGUGACAGAGACCACUUGACCAAGUACUUAACAGAACAUCAGGACGUCCAGUCACUGUGGUACUUUGGGUCAGCGGAGGGGUCAAAGUUCGUAGAGUUCACAUCCGCUGAGAAUGUCAAGAGAACAUGGGUGAAUUACGGCCUGGUGCGGGACUGGACUGACCCAGAACAAGGUCAGGGGGAGGAGUUUCUGUAUCACUCAGUACAGGUCAAAAACAUCUGGAUCCCCAUGGGAGACAUUUUUGCUAAUUAGUUAUAGACAUUGAAUGACUAUCGGGUGACUUCCAAACAACAGCAUAAUGGCCCGUCCAAAAAGUAGUGCUAUGUAUUAUUCUAGGGCUAUAUUUUUUAGAUUCUACAAUUUAACAAUCAAUAAUCAUUGAACAAUCAGGUAUUAAUGUUCUUGUUUAUAUUGGUAUUGUUAUAAGAUUCUCAUAUUUUAUAUAUGUAUGAGUGCAUGUUGUUGUACAUUUAUUUGUUUUACAAUAUGAUAAUAUGUAAUUUUAUUGUUGGUAGUAGGGUCAUAUCUACUUGAAUUUUACAAUUUUAUGUUUACAACUGUUUUGAGUUUCUUGUGAAGAUUGUUGUAUUUAUGCCCCUUCUAGUACACAUCUAUACAUUUUAUAAGCUUUAUCACCUGUACAAGUCAAAUAUUGGCAGCUGCUCCUGGCUGGAGAUCAGUGUUUGGAAACUUUUGCCUUCCCACUAUGUAUGAAAUAUAGACAAACAGUUAUCAAACUUAAAAUCCGUAGAAACAAAACAAAUUGGGAAGAGACCAAACAUGGACUUCUGAAAAGAUCAGAGGUGAGAUUAGGUGCCAUGGAGGAGUGAGCAUCCUUUCUCUACCAGUCACACCCACCACCAUGUGCUCCUUGUCAUGAAAAAAAAGAGUUAUGAAAAAAUCCUCUAGAAUAUCUUAAUAAAACUAAACAGUCAAUCAGUUCAAGUGUAGACACCUUGAUUUUUAGGUUGAAAGACUUUGUAAGCUGUUGUAUGGAAACUACUGUAUAGUAAAAUCUUUUACAGAUAAAUAGCUUAUGUUUACAUAUAAUAUUCAUGAACUAUAACAUCUUUCUUAGUUUUCAUUGUAUGCAUAAUCAUUUCCAAAUCAGUAGAUCUGUGUGUUUACUAAUGAAGAUGAUAUACAUGUACAUAACAUUUUUUCUCACAACUUAUUAAAAUGUUUCAUAUUGAGAAACAUAUCCAGUAUUACUUUGUGAUCUUAUUACCAGUAAUAUGAAUCCAUUUAGAUGUAUAUUUAUGUUUUAUAAAGGUCCCCUUGUGUGUUUUGAUUUUAGAUUCCAUCUAUUUGUUGACAAUUAUACAGUGUACAAGUACUGUAUAUCCAAUCUUGUUAAAAAUUAUCCCCAAGUUUGUUCUGAGAUAUAUAAGUAUGUCUAGCUUUAGGUACUAAUGUAUACAUGUAUAUAUAAGCAUGUUCCAAGUUACAGACAUAUGCUAGGCAACAAGACUUGUUAAUAGACGACAAAAUGUUUAAAAAAUUGAUUUAGAAUACUUAUGUUUAAAUGUCUUCAAAAAAUAAUAUCUUCAUCUAGUCUGUACAUGUUUGGAUUACUUCCUACAAUGUGUAAUUCUAGUUUGUGGCUUAUGAAAUCUGUAUAAUGAAAUAAAUUUGGCUAGCAGA